UUGCAAAUAAAUUAUUAAUUCGUUUAAAUAAAUUAUCAACUGUUUAACUGGCACCAAAAAAGUUUCAUUCUUCUUUUCAAAGAAGCUCAAUUUCACACAGAUCUUAAAUAAUCUCUCUUUCUCAAUCAUUCUUCUACCAACGGCGGUGAAUAGUGCUCGGAAUGUCUCCAAAGCCAUCGGAAAAUGGAAUCGACGGCGACGAUGAGAGGGACGACGAAGAAGAAGAAGAUUCUGAAGAAGAGGAGGAGGAGGAAGAAGAAGAGGAUGAGCCGAGGUUGAAGUAUCAGAGAAUGGGUGCAAGUGUGCCGUCGCUUCUGUCUGCUGAUGCUGCCACUUCUAUUGCCGUCUCUGAACGAAUGAUCGCCUUUGGUACACACGGUGGAGCUGUUCACAUUCUCGAUUUCCUUGGUAAUCAGGUCAAGGAGUUUGCUCCUCACACUGCUUCUGUCAAUGACCUUUGCUUUGACACAGAAGGAGAAUACGUCGGUAGCUGCUCUGAUGAUGGCUCUGUUGUAAUAAAUAGUCUUUUUACUGAUGAGAAGAUGAAAUUUGAGUAUCACCGACCAAUGAAGGCCAUUGCUCUAGACCCAGACUAUGCAAGAACAUCUUCCAGAAGAUUUGUCACUGGUGGUUUGCCUGGUCAAUUGUAUUUAAAUGUUAAGAAGUGGCUAGGCUAUCGUGACCAGGUUUUGCACUCUGGUGAAGGUCCAAUUCAUGCGGUGAAGUGGAGAACUAGCCUCGUUGCCUGGGCGAAUGAUACAGGAGUUAAAGUCUAUGAUGCUUGCAAUGAUCAGCGUAUAACAUUCAUUGAAAGACCUCGUGGGAUUCCACUCCCUGAACUGCUGCUCCCACAUAUUGUUUGGCAGGAUGACAGUCUUUUGGUCAUUGGUUGGGGAACAUCUGUGAAAAUCGCAUUGAUAAGAACGACUCAAAGCAAGGGCGUGAAUGGGACAUACAAGCAUAUGCCUAUGUCUGGUCUGAAUCAGGUGGAUAUAGUGGCAUCUUUUCAAACCAGCUAUUUCAUUUCAGGAAUUGCUCCCUUUGGUGAUUCUUUGGUUAUUCUAGCUUAUAUACCGGGUGAAGAAGAUGGAGAGAAAGACUCCAGUAGCACUAUUCCCUCCAGGCAGGGAAAUGCCCAAAGACCAGAAGUGCGAGUUGUGACGUGGAAUAAUGAUGAGCUCGCAACGGACGCUCUUCCUGUACACGGCUUUGAGCAUUACAAGGCCAAAGACUAUUCGCUGGCUCAUGCUCCAUUCUCUGGUAGCAGCUAUGCAGGAGGUCAGUGGGCUGCUGGUGAUGAACCCCUAUACUAUAUUGUAUCCCCCAAGGAUGUGGUUAUUGCAAAACCACGGGAUGCAGAGGAUCACAUUAAUUGGCUUCUCCAGCAUGGAUGGCAUGAGAAAGCUUUAGAAGCGGUUGAAGCCAAUCAGGGUCAGAGUGAACUACUUGAUGAGGUUGGUUCAAGAUACCUUGAUCAUUUGAUUGUUGAAAGAAAAUAUGCUGAAGCAGCAUCUUUGUGUCCAAAGUUGUUGCGAGGAUCAGCUUCCGCAUGGGAAAGAUGGGUUUUCCACUUUGCACAUCUCCGGCAGCUUCCAGUUUUGGUUCCAUAUAUCCCAACUGAAAACCCAAGAUUACGUGAUACGGCUUAUGAGGUAGCUCUUGUUGCUUUGGCGACAAAUCCAUCUUUUCACAAGGAUCUGUUAUCAACGGUCAAAUCUUGGCCACCUCACAUUUAUUCUACAAAGCCUGUUUUCUCUGCUAUUGAACCUCAGUUUAAUACCUCAUCUAUGACUGAUCCACUCAAAGAGGCGCUAGCUGAGUUAUAUGUAAUUGAUGGACAACAUGAUAAAGCUUUUGCUCUUUAUGCUGAUCUUAUGAAACCGGAUCUAUUUGAAUUCAUCGAAAAGCAUAAUUUGCAUGAUGCUGUUCGUGAAAAGGUCGUCCAACUAAUGAUGAUCAGCUGCAAGCGUGCAGUACUAUUAUUAAUCCAGCAGCGUGACUUAAUACCGUCAUCUGAAGUGGUAUCACAGCUUAUUGCUGCAAGGGAUAAGUGUGAUUACCGAUACUUUUUGCAUCUCUAUCUUCAUUCACUUUUUGAAGUGAAUCCCCAUGCUGGAAAGGAUUGCCAUGACAUGCAGGUUGAGCUGUAUGCUGACUAUGAUCCUAAGAUGCUGCCUACCUUUCUUAGAAGCAGCCAGCAUUAUACAUUGGAGAAGGCUUAUGAAGUUUGUGUGAAGAAAGAUUUACUGAAAGAGCAAGUUUUCAUCCUUGGAAGAAUGGGGAAUGCAAAGCAAGCGCUUGCUGUUAUCAUUAAUAGGUUAGGAGAUAUAGAAGAGGCCAUAGAAUUUGUAAGCAUGCAACAAGAUGAUGAACUCUGGGAAGAACUGAUAAAACAAAGUUUUCAUAAGCCUGAAAUGGUUGGUGUAUUGUUAGAGCAUACUGUAGGGAAUCUUGAUCCACUCUACAUUGUCAAUAUGUUGCCCAAUGACCUGGAGAUACCUCGUCUGAGGGAUCGUCUGGUCAAGAUUGUGACAGACUACAGGACAGAGACUUCUCUUAGACAUGGGUGCAAUGAUAUACUCAAGGCUGAUUGCAUGAAUUUGUUGGUUAAAUAUUACAAAGAAGCGAAGCGCGGUGUUUGCUUGAGUGAUGUAGAUGAUGUAUCUUCCUGCAGGGGUGAGAAGAGUGCUUCACAUCUGGGAGAGAGAACAAUGAGCAUGAAAGCCGUGGAAGUUAAGUCUAAAACCAGGGGAGGUGGAAGGUGCUGCAUAUGUUUUGAUCCAUUUUCUAUACUGAAUGUAUCAAUCAUUGCAUUCUUUUGUUGUCAUGCCUUUCAUACAACGUGUCUUAUGGAGUCCACCAUUUCCAUUGGUGGCAAUAAAGAGACAGGAAUCGCUGCCCAGAGGACUGUCUCAUAUGAUGAAUAUGAUAAUGGUGUUAACGAUGAUUAUGAGGGUGAGGACGAAGAAGAGGAUACCUCUUCAGGUGCCCCACAGAUGCGUUGUAUUUUGUGUACCACAGCUGCAGGUUAAAUAUCUGCUAAUUUUGUUCCUGUACCAUAGUUGUGCGUGGUGUGUGCAUAUAUGUUGAGCUUGUGCGAUUUAGAUACUAGCAUCUUCUUGUACUAAGGUCUGUAGCUUUAGUAAAUUGUACCAUUUUUUAUUUUUGAGUUCCUUUCCCUGCUCAAUUCCCUAAGAUAAUAGGGUGCGAGAAUAAAUGCAGUUUUCCAGAUUUCCUGUACUAUUGUUUUUGAGUGUGUGAAAAUUGACUGGUGCUCGAAGUAUUACCGCCAA